AUGUCACCAUCUCCUGAUGGUUUUUUUUUUGUUGUACAUACUACUGUCACACGCUUCAUCACCGAAAAACUUGUUUGCUCUACAAAAAAAAAGAAAAUAUUCGAAAUGGUCAAUGACAAUUUAUCUGCCUUGGAGAAGGAUAUUUUUGAUAAAAUAUCCAAGAGCGAUGCAGGCGGACUAAAAUUUCUCCUCUCACAACUGACUGGUACAUCAGUGGACAUUGUGGACGAAAAUGGAAUGACACCACUACAGCAUGCUUGUUAUAAGGGCAACGUUGAGUGCGUACAGAUGCUGCUAGAUCAGGGAGCGGACCCGAAUUCCAGUAAACAUGGCAUGAACUACACCGCUCUCCACUUCGCUGCUCUGUCGGGAAACACCAGCAUUUGUCUACUGUUACUGCUGGCUGGUGCUAAUUCGAUGGCAUUAAAUUCGGUUUCGCGAACUGCCGCACAGAUGGGUGGAUUUGUUGGCAAUCAUAGGGCAGUCGCUACCAUCAACAAUUUCAUACCAAAAUUAGAAAUCGAAUAUUAUACAAAACUACAGGGACAACAAACGGAGCCGUAUUUACCGAUCAUCUUGUUAGACCCGUUCCAUCGGUUCGUCAUCGAAAGUAACAUUCAUCCCGUUCGCAUUGCACUGAAUUUGCAGAAAUUCGGUGCAUUCAGCGAUCAUCUGAAACAACUGAAAAAAGUCCUGGAAAUGAUGGCCGAACGUGAAAUGCAGCGCAGCAACGAGGUGAACGAAAUAAUGGCUUUCAAAUACCACUACCUCGGCUGGAUUGUAACCGAGAUUCACAAAUGUCGCGAUCAUUUUCAAUCGCGGAAUAAGGACGGGGGUGUCGACAACAAAUCGGUUGAUUAUGUGGAGCUGUUUGCCAAACGUGUGCUGAAGGAGAACAAACAAGGCCUUUUGGAAUAUGUUGAGUCGACUGUUAGAGAUUGCGUUCGUGAAUUUCCUUUCAGAGAAUGUACAAUAUUCCGGCAAGUGGUGUCACAAUUGGCUAACAAGGACUGUACUUCAGCUUUAGACGUUGUACGUGCGGCUAUUAAUGGUCAACGAGGAUUUGUGGAAGAUAUAACUGCGUGCAGUACGUGUGGCGAAGAAGGACCUGACAAAAAAUGUUCCAAGUGCAAACAAGUGCAAUAUUGUGACAGAGAGUGUCAACGUUUACAUUGGUUUAUGCAUAAGAAAGCAUGUGCCCGACCGAUGCCAACCGGAACAGCGUCAAAUGGAGCGAAUGCCAAGAAGGACAUUGAUGCAACGGAAAUAAGCGAAUCAUUGCAGAAUUUGGUCGCCGGUUAAUUUAUACACAAUAUAUGUUGUGUAGGUGUGUGACAGAUUGUGCAUAAGAGCCGCACUUAUCUCAGCUUUUACUUG